AUGGCUCCGUGGCCCGAGAGCGGGGCCCGUCCGCGUCUAGCAGAAGCCGCUUCGUCGCAGAAUCAACACUUGGACCCGCGGCAUGUACCUACCGGGCCGAGCACCGGGCGAUAUAGAAGUGUGUCUCGAGUGUCUGAACUCGAUGCUUGGGACAACAUGCAGACCCAUCAGAUUCAGGUCGAGUCCAGUUCGUCCGACGAAGGUCUCCACCCCCGGGGCCACAGUAAACCCUCGCGGCCACCCCACCGGCGCUCCAUGAGCCAUCCUUUUCCGUCACUCUUCUCGCUCAGAAAGAAAAAGUCGGGCCCCGUGAGCGGCGCCGGCGACUCCGAGACUACUUCCGGCGAUGAAGGCCCCAGCAAGCCGGGGAAAGCGCCGCCAAUGCGCGGGCAUCAUCGGUCUGGUUCCUCGGUUGGGAGCCGGGACUGGAACACGGGACGCUGCAUGACGUGCGGAUCGCUGGUGCGCUGGCCCAAGGAGCUGCAUGUAUUCAAGUGCGCAAUCUGCGUGACGAUAAACGACUUGCAGCCACGCGACCGGGCUGCUUCCCGGCGGAAGGACGCUUCAGAAGAGCUGCUGGCGGCCGAUGCGCAGUCGUGUUCCCACGCUGCAGAGCAGCCUAUCUCGCUCGACCAUACCAAGUCUUUAAUCGAGCAAUGCCUGCGUGCAUUCCUGACCUCCACCUUGGGAAGGCAUGCCACAGAGCCUUUGGUCGUCAACGCCGAGGACCGCUCCGGUCCAAGCCCUCCUCAUCCCUCGAGUGGCUUACCUUGGAGUCCAACUCAGCCGACCUCGAACACUCUGGACCCUCUGGCACUGCGACCCAGGAUCACGCCCACUUCCGAGCCCCGGCAGCCCCCUGGCGGGCAUUGGGUUACGAGUUACCACCGACCGCGAGCGCCCAGUUGGGCGGGCAGCACCACCACGGGAACCUAUUUCGGUUCAUCCACAGAACGGCUUCCCGGGCCAGCUGAGGCUCACCCACACGGACUGGGCAUUCGGACGAACCAGCAGCUUCCGAGCUCGGAGGUGGAGGCGACGAAAACAUUCAAGCCGCUGGAAGAUUAUGUGGACGCAUGUUUCGCUUCUUUCCACCGUAUAAAUUCCUCAUUCCUAACUCCUCGGAACCACCCUCAUGCCAGGCACGGAGCGGACGACAGACCGCGCCGUCCUUCGGCACAUGCCCACCCUCGGAGGGAGCCACAAAGCAACAGCUAUCCCCUUCCCGAAUUGGACCCCAAGCUUCUCUUGCUGGGCGAUUUUGCGGAGAACGGCACCUGGUGGACGGGCCAGGAGGAUGUAUUGCCUGGUAGAACGACUUCUAACAGGAGUCAGCACGGCCAGUCGAUCGUCAGUCCGAGGAGCCCGCACAUCGACUGGGCCGAACUAGAGGACUGGUACACCACCGUUAUCGAGGCAGGGCGACCUUGGUUGCAUGUUUAUCGGAGUUUAGUGGCCGAUGAACCGGCCCUUGCCGUAUCUCCUGCUGCGAUGCAGGAGAUUGAAUCGCAAAUCCUGAUCGGACAGGAACACGUCCACGGGGCACUAUUAAAGGCAUGCGAGAGCAUUCUGAAACGUCCCGGGCGACGAAUCACCGAACCCCAGGAACUCCGGUUCCUGCUCAUCAUUGCAGCAAACCCUCUUUUACACGCGCCAUACCAGCCGUACGCUGGCGAGUACCCUCACCCAAAGAGCGCUCUAUCAACGCCCAGCGGUCUGUCUCCCCGUGGUUCAGGCCCUACGUCAGGACGGCAUUCUGUGAUCAUCAAACGUAUCGCGGGACUAAUGUCGAACGCGCCAGUCGAGUGCCAUAACUAUCUUGCCGGGUGGUAUGCUAGGUUCCCCGAAUCCCUGUUUGUGCAGACGAAGGACUUGUUUUCGGGGUUUCUCGCCUACCGCCUGAUCCGACAGAAUGAGAAGAAGAUAGAGGCGCAGAUUGACUACCUCACAGGCGGCCUGAUACCUAGGAUGGGGGCGGGCCAGUCCUCUGCAUCACUCCACGCGGCGUUGGGGCACACAACGCGGUCCGGCAAGACGAAGAAGGAAGAGAAGAAGAAGAUAGUCUACCGGGAGGAUUGGCAAAUCAGGGCUGCUGCCCGGGUGCUCGGGUUUUUGUUCACAGCGAACAACAUGAGCCAUGCUCGCCACGGUCUCGGCGACCGUUGUGCGAACAGCCUUAGCAACAGGCAGCGACAGCUCGUCCGCGCACCGGGCCAGGUCCUUGCCACGAGCGACUUCUACAUGACGCUGCUUGACGAUUCGGACCUCGUGGCGGACUUUGAGGCAUGGGAGCAGAAGCAAGACAGGCUGUCUUUCUGCCAGUAUCCGUUCCUCUUGAGCAUCGGAGCCAAGAUCCGCAUUCUGGAACAUGAGGCGAGGAGACAAAUGGAGGAUAAGGCCCGGGAUGCCUUCUUUGACAGCAUCUUGACCAACAGGAUGGUGCAGAAGUUUUUGGUUUUGAAUAUCCGCCGCGAUUGUCUCGUUGAUGAUAGCUUGAAGGCCGUCAGCGAGGUAAUUGGGGGCGGAGGGGAGGAAAUAAAAAAAGGGCUCAAGAUCGUCUUCAAGGGCGAAGAGGGAAUCGAUGCGGGGGGGCUGCGCAAGGAGUGGUUUUUGCUGCUUGUCAGGGAACUGUUCAACCCAGAUCACGGCAUGUUUCUCUACGACGACGAGUCCCAGUACUGCUACUUCAACCCCAACUCCCUCGAACCCUCCGAGCAGUUCUUCCUUGUCGGCGUCGUGCUCGGCCUCGCCAUCUACAACUCCACAAUUCUCGAUGUCGCGCUCCCGCCCUUUGCCUUUCGCAAGUUGCUUCUGGCUGCUCCUCCCACUUCCAUCCCAACCUCCCAGCCUCGCCAGUCUAUGAUUUACACUCUCGACGACCUCGCUGAGUAUCGUCCCCACCUGGCACACGGCCUCCGCCAACUGCUCGAGUUCGAAGGCGACGUCGAGUCAACCUUCGCGCUCGACUUCGUAAUCGACACAGAGCGCUAUGGCGUCAUCGAGAAGGUCCCUCUCUGCCCCAACGGCGAGCGCCGAGCCGUCACCAACGCCAACCGGAAGGAAUUCGUCGACUCAUACGUGCGCUACCUCCUCGACACGGCUGUCACGCGCCAGUUCGAGCCGUUCAAACGCGGUUUCUUCACCGUGUGCAACAGCAACGCGCUCUCCCUCUUCCGGCCGGAAGAGAUCGAGCUCCUGGUGCGCGGCGCCGGGUCCGACCAGCCGCUGGACGUCGCCUCGCUCAAAGCGGUCGCGCAGUACGACAACUGGGGCGCGCCAAACCCGGCUGAGGACGAGCCGACCGUCAAGUGGUUCUGGGAGACGUUUGAGGCAGCACAGCCCGCCGACCAGAGGAGGCUGCUCGCCUUCAUCACGGGGAGCGAUCGCAUUCCGGCGAUGGGCGCCGCGUCACUGGGGAUCAGAGUCAGUUGUCUAGGAGAGGACUGUGGGCGGUUCCCGACGGCGCGAACGUGCUUCAACUCGCUCGGUCUGUGGAGAUGUAGUGGGAGGGAGAGGUUUGAGGAGGUGCUCUGGAGGGCGGUCAGGGAGAGUGAGGGGUUUGGACUAAAGUAA